UCGCGUGCGGCGGCCGGAGGCUGAGGAGAGGUCCGCGCCAGCCGGGCGGUCUGGAGGCCGCGGGAGGCGGAGGCCGGGCCGCGGUCGCGCGCCGGAGGAGCCCGGGAGAAGAGGCGGACGCUGGGAAGGUGGGGGAGGCUCGGCACACUUCCCGGCCUCCGGCCGCCCCGCUGGCCCUGCAGCCGCCGCCGCCGCCGCCGCGGGCUCCCGCCCCGGGCCUGGCAGCCCCGGCCGGGGAGGCGACGCGGCGUGCGCGCCCGGAGCCUCCCGAGAUGGCGGGCGGGCACUGCGGCAGCUUCGCCACGGCGGCGGCGGCGGGCAGCGGCGAGAUCGUCCAGCUGAACGUGGGGGGAACCAGAUUUAGUACCUCAAGACAAACGCUUAUGUGGAUUCCAGAUUCUUUUUUUUCCAGUUUGCUGAGUGGAAGAAUUUCAACCCUUCGAGAUGAAACUGGUGCUAUAUUCAUUGACCGAGAUCCAGCAGCAUUUGCACCCAUUUUAAAUUUCCUUCGGACAAAAGAACUAGACCUGAGGGGAGUGAGUAUCAGUGUUCUCAGGCACGAAGCGGAGUUUUAUGGAAUCACCCCAUUAGUGAGAAGGCUUCUGUUAUGUGAAGAAUUGGAGCGCUCCCCUUGUGGCAGUGUCCUGUUUCACGGUUACCUGCCUCCACCAGGUAUUCCUACCCGUAAAAUAAACAACGCAGGCAGAUCCUCUGCUGAUUCUAGGAAUGGACUAAACUCCACAGACGGGGAGGCCCGGGGAAACGGAGCACAGCCCACUCUCCCUGGAACUGGGGAAGAAGCCGUGAGGCUAGGAUUUCCUGUGGAUCCUCGGAAGGUGCUAAUAGUAGCUGGCCAUCAUAACUGGAUUGUAGCCGCAUAUGCCCAUUUUGCUGUGUGUUACAGAAUCAAAGAAUCUUCAGGAUGGCAACAAGUGUUUACAAGCCCAUAUUUAGAUUGGACUAUUGAACGAGUGGCUUUGAAUGCGAAAGUGGUUGGAGGCCCACAUGGAGAUAAGGACAAAAUGGUCGCUGUUGCCUCGGAGAGCAGCAUCAUCCUGUGGAGUGUCCAGGACGGGGGAAGUGGAAGUGAGAUUGGAGUGUUCAGCCUUGGUGUUCCUGUGGACGCGCUCUUCUUCAUUGGGAACCAGCUGGUGGCCACGAGUCACACGGGGAAAGUGGGAGUGUGGAAUGCUGUCACUCAGCACUGGCAGGUUCAAGAUGUUGUUCCUAUAACUAGUUAUGACACUGCUGGGUCAUUCCUUCUACUGGGAUGUAACAAUGGAUCAAUAUAUUACAUUGAUAUGCAGAAGUUCCCUUUGCGGAUGAAGGAUAAUGACCUUCUUGUGACUGAGUUGUAUCACGAUCCUUCAAACGAUGCUAUUACGGCUCUCAGUGUAUACCUCACACCCAAAACAAGUGUCAGUGGGAACUGGAUUGAGAUCGCCUAUGGUACGAGCUCUGGAGCGGUGCGUGUGAUCGUCCAGCACCCGGAGACGGUCGGCUCAGGGCCCCAGCUUUUCCAGACCUUCACAGUGCACCGCAGUCCAGUUACAAAAAUCAUGCUGUCAGAGAAGCAUCUGGUGUCAGUCUGUGCAGAUAACAACCACGUCCGGACAUGGACAGUGACACGGUUCCGAGGGAUGAUCUCCACUCAGCCAGGCUCGACUCCCUUGGCAUCCUUCAAGAUACUGUCUCUGGAGGAGACGGAGAGCCACGGGAGCUACUCCUCCGGAAACGACAUAGGCCCCUUUGGAGAGCGAGAUGAUCAACAGGUGUUCAUCCAGAAAGUUGUUCCUAUCACCAACAAACUAUUUGUGAGACUCUCAUCGACUGGGAAAAGAAUAUGCGAGAUCCAGGCUGUUGACUGUACUGCCAUAUCCGCAUUUACAGUGAGGGAAUGUGAAGGCUCCAGUAGGAUGGGCUCCAGGCCACGGCGCUACCUGUUCACAGGCCACACGAACGGUAGCAUUCAGAUGUGGGAUCUGACCACCGCUAUGGAUAUGGUUAGCAAAAGUGAAGACAAGGAUGUAGGUGGUCCAACGGAAGAGGAGCUGCUCAAGCUCCUGGACCAGUGUGAUCUCAGCACUUCUCGCUGUGCCACCCCAAACAUCAGCCCAGCAACCUCCGUGGUCCAGCACAGCCGCCUGCGGGAAUCCAAUUCAAGCCUCCAGCUUCAACACCAUGAAACCAUCCACGAAGCAGCUACCUACGGCUCCAUCAGGCCCUACAGGGAGAGUCCCUUGUUGGCAAGGGCACGGAGGACGGAGAGCUUUCACAGCUACAGGGACUUCCAGACGAUCAGUCUGAACAGAAAUGUAGACAGAGCUCUUCCCGAAAAUGGCAACUUGGGUCCAAUACAAGCUGAAGUGAAGGGGGCCGCCGGGGAAUGCAGCAUAGCCGAGAGAAAAUCUCCUGGGACAGAAGCAAAAAGCUUGAGAGAAUUGGAUAGUGGAUUGGAAGCACAUAAAGUAGCUGAAGGCUUUUCAGAAGCCAAGAAAAGGUCCUCAGAAGACGAAAAUGAAAACAAAGUGGAGUUCAGGAAGAAAGGAGGGUUUGAAGGGGGAGGGUUCCUUGGCAAGAAGAAAGUGCCCUACCUGGCAUCCUCCCCCAGCACAUCUGACGGAGGGACAGACUCACCAGGUACGGCAUCCCCAUCCCCCACAAAGACCACACCCUCUCCUCGGCAGAAAAAAAGCGAUUCUUCCGGUCAAGAAUACAGCUUGUAAAAACUCACCCAAGUGAGUACAGUGUUUUGCUAAAUGUAUGUAAAAGCUGUAACCAUUCUGGAUUUCAGCAUGUUCAUUUUUACACAGAAGCACUGGACUUCAUUUAGUAUCUUUUUAACACCAUUACCUGGAAUAAUCACAUCUCUCAAAGUGUUGGAAAUGUGGGGUUUUUGUGGGGGGGAAAGGGGUUCAG